GAUGUAGCAUUCAGGGCGAGGCCCAUCCUGCUACCUAUAUGGAGGGGCAUAGGAAGAAGUUUGAUGUGGGUGGAAAUAUUUUGGGGAAUAACCUUGGCCCUUGGCUUGAGAGUGCAACUCGGGUUCCCCUCCUUCUCCCUCAGAUGGGCACCAGUGUGGAAAUUGGGGAGGAAGUGGAGAACAUCUUUCUGCAGUUUGCAGGACAGGACCAGGAAAUCGGUUUUGUCAAGCUCAAAAAGAUACUGGCUGUGACCUUGGCAAGAGAAGCUGGUUCAAAACCAGAGAGAUUCCAGCUGGAGACCUGUCGGCAAAUGAUCCGUCUCUUUGACUACAGCAAGAACGGCCGGUUGUCCCUGGAGGAGUUCAAGAAGCUCUGGGAGAGGCUGAGGGAAUGGAAGGCCAUCUUUACCGAGCAUGACGGAGACAAGUCCGGGUCCAUGGAUGCCAACAAAAUGCGCCUGGCCCUGGACACUGCAGGGUUCCACUUAAACAAUCAGUUCUGCGAGAUCAUCACCAGCCAAUACCGCAACCGUGGGCUGUGCAUUGACCUCAACAGCUUCCUGUCCUGCCUGGCGCACCUGACCUGGAUUUUCAGGCAGUGCAAGACCCGUGACCGAGACGGCACGGGGAUCGUCACCAUGGCCCAUAAGGAGUGGCUGGAACUCAUCACCGCCACUUAAUGGGAGGAAGCCGCAUCGUCCCCAGAGUGUAGCCUAAAGGACUAUCCUGCUUGCUUGCAUAUCUAUCUAUCUAUCUAUC